AAUAACCCUCGUGAACAAUCCCCUUGGUGGCGGCGACACAACUCACGCCAACAGAUUGCGCCUCCGCAUCUCGCAGCGCCUCCUCCGUCGUCGGGUGCGGGGUUCCGCCGCCGCUCGCGACCUGAGGGGCAGGGCCUCCACCGGCAGCCGUGGGCAUAGGACCUCCUCCGUUCGGCAGUUCACCAACAGCAUACCAUAUGACUGAUGAUGGAUCGAGAUUGGAUGAGUGAACCAAGAUCAUCCGCUGCUUAUAAAGAUGGUGUAGAAUAUUUCUUAUCUCUUGCAUUUCGUGAUGUUCCAGAGGAUGCCGAGGUCCUUUGUCCUUGCGUGAAUUGUAGAAACAGGAUAACACAGAAUUUUGAUAGAGUUAAAACACAUUUGAGAUGCGCCGGAAUUCUUCAAAGUUAUACCAAAUGGAUUCACCAUGGUGAGAAAUAUGAUCCACCACCAUUAGUAUUUGCUCAUGUAUCAGGCAACUCCAUGAAUAUUCCUAUUUCUAGUGUUCGCAAGAGUUGUGUGGUAGAAGGUGGAGAAGGAAGAUCGGAUGACAUGGAAGGACUCCUAAAUGCAGCAUUUGGCAAGGAAGAUAGCUACGAGUCUCUAUCAAGUGCUUCUAUCAAUGAUGAUGAUAUUCAUUUUGACUCUAACAGUGUGGAACCUGGCAUGGAUGAGGAUGAGAAUAAUACAUUUGGAGAUGAUCAUAUUGGGGGGGAACAAGAUAUGUUCACAAGCUUGUUGAAGGAUGCAAAGACAAAACUAUAUCAUGGGUGUGAUAAAUUUUCAAGGUUGUCAUUCUUGGUGAAUUUGUAUCACCUGAAAUGCAUACAUGGAUGGACACAAGAAUCUUUUACAGCACUACUUGGUUUGCUAUCAGAUGCACUUCCUCAAGAGGCAGAUUUACCGAGGAAUUGUUAUGAAGCAAAAAAAAAUCAUUCGUGGUUUAGGUCUUGACUAUCAGAAAAUCCAUGCUUGUCCUAAAGAUUGCAUGCUCUUUCGAGGUGACAGAGCUAACCAAGAGUCUUGUCAUGUGUGUGGUUCCUCCCGUUGGAUAACUGAUAAGAAUGGGCAUCCAAUUAACUCUGAAGGAAAGAAGAAACCAGCUAAAGUGUUGCGUUAUUUCCCAUUAAUUCCAAGAAUCCAGAGACUAUUUUCUACUGACCAAACUUCAGGAGAGAUGCGAUGGCACGAGGAGGGACGUACAAAAGAUGGAUUGCUACGGCACCCUGCUGAUGGUGAGGCUUGGAAAGAUUUUAGUGCUCGUUUUCCUAGUUUUUCUGCUGAUGCCCGUAAUGUGCGGCUUGGUCUUGCCAGUGAUGGAUUCAACCCUUUUAGGAAUAUGAGUUCAAAGCAUAGUACUUGGCCAGUGAUGCUUAUUCCUUACAAUCUUCCACCUUGGAUUUGCAUGAAACAAACAUCGCUAAUUUUGUCGAUGAUCAUUCCUGGACCAGAUUCACCUGGGAAUGAUAUAGAUAUAUAUUUGGAGCCACUUGUUGAUGAGCUAUUGCAACUGUGGGAGGGUGUGGAAACAUAUGAUGCUUCUGCAAGGAAGAAAAUUUCUCUCCGAGCUGCACUAUUAUGGACAUUGAAUGAUUUUCCUGCAUUAGCUUACCUAUAUGGUUGGAGCACCGGAGGGAAAUAUGCAUGCCCAUCUUGUGCCACACUUACAAAAUCAUUUCGCCUUAAAAAAGGUGGUAAAUUUUGUUAUAUGGGUCAUCGUCGAUGGUUGCCACGAGAUCACAAAUAUCGAGAAUUGAAUAGUCAGUUUGAUGGCACUGAAGAGAAGGAAAUUGCACCUAAAACAUUGAAUGGAACUUCUGUUUUGAGAAUGCUGGAAGGCAGAGUAUUUGUAUUUGGUAAGAUGGCGAAAAAGAAGGUAAGCGUAGCAAAGAUGGCGAAAAAGAAAAAACAAGCCAAAAACAAAAGUAAUGAGAAAGGGAGCAAUCGGGAACUCAAGCGUAAGAGAAAGACAUGCAAAGAGAAAUCAAGUGAUAACGCAAGUAAGUCUGGAAAGAAACCUGAAGAUUGGUUGAAAAAGAGGUCAAUAUUCUUUAAGCUAGAGUAUUGGGAGUUGAACAAAUUAAGGCACAAUCUAGAUGUGAUGCAUAUAGAGAAAAAUGUGUGUGAUAAUUUAAUUGGAACCCUGUUGGAUAUUAGUUCGAAAACUAAGGAUGAUCUCAAUGCACGACUUGACUUGGUAGAUAUUGGCAUUCGACCAGAACUUCACCCUACAGUAGAUGAUAAAGGAAAGCAAAUAUUGCCACCUGCACCCUUUACUAUGUCAAGAGAAAAUAAGGAGAUUCUAUGUUCAGUAAUUCAGAACAUUAAGACCCCACAUGGUUAUGCAUCAAAUAUUUCUAGGUGUGUCAACAUGAAAGAUUGCACACUCAAUGGUCUAAAAAGUCAUGACUGUCAUGUUUUACUAGAAGACAUUCUUCCCAUAGCACUUCGAUCAUGUUAUCCUAGUAAAGCUGUCAUGCAUAUAGUUAACGGAUUGGCUCGGUUCUUCAAGAAGUUGUGUUCUAAAGUUAUAGAUGUAUCCGAGCUUGCUGAACUUCAACAGAGUAUUGUGAUGACAUUGUGUGAUAUGGAGAGAGUUUUUCUUCCAUCAUUUUUUACUGUCAUGGUGCAUUUGUUGGUACACUUGGUCGAAGAGGUUAAGCUCGGUGGUCCAGUGCACUACCGCUGGAUGUAUCCUCUAGAGAGAUCAUUUGUUCGGAUAAAGGCACUUGUGCGAAACAGAGCUUACCCAGAAGGUUCAAUUGCUGAAGGUUAUAUUGCAGAAGAGUGCCUGACAUACUGUUCAAGAUUUUUAGAAGGAAGUACACGCUUUACAAGAGCACCUAGAAACCCUGAACCUUCAGAUAAUAUAAAAGACAUUUAUAUGUUUGAGAGUGCUGGUGAACCAAUUGGCAAGGCCAUCACCAUAGGACGGUUUGACAACCAGCUUCUAGUGCAAGCACAUCGAUAUGUCUUGCGACAUUGUGAUGAACUUGAAGACUUUCGCAAAGAAUUUCUUGAUGAAGAGAAAAGAAAACUGCCUCAUACAACUAACUUGACACAGUCCGACGUCGACAGGUUGAUCAAUAGAAGCUUUGCUGAUUGGUUGGAACAAAAGGUUUUACAAAAUGGUGGAGUAGAUAUCGAUGAAAAGACGAGAGCGUUGGCUGCAAAACCGAACAAAACUGUUGUGUGCUACAGUGGCUAUAUUAUUAAUGGUUUCAGGUUCCACACUAUGAUGCGUGAGGCUGGCCGCUCCACUCAAAACAGCGGCGUAGUUAACAUUGCUGAUGAUGGUGUUAAUUACUAUGGCAGAUUAUCGGACAUCGUAGAAUUGUCAUAUAGAAAAUACAAGGUAGUGCUCUUCAGAUGUGAUUGGUAUGACGUCCAUCAUAAAGCCGGCAUCAAAAAGGAUGAAUUUGAUUUCACCCUUGUGAACUUCUCCCGAAAGAUACAUAGUGGAGAUAAAUUAGAUCAUGAUCCAUUUGUCUUUUCAUCACAAGUGGAACAGGUUUUUUAUGCUGAAGAUGCAAAAGCUAAAGGAUGGCACGUCGUAACGAGAUUUAAGCCCAGAGAUAUUUUUGAUAUGGGUGUGGAACAACAAUCUAAUGAAACAGAGUAGAGGAUGGUUGUGUGCUUUCAGGGAUGCAGUAGCAGGAAAUUAUUUUAUCUUGGACAAUACUGUGUUAAAGCUUGUUUGUUUACCCAUACACUCUGAUUUUACUUUUUAUUUAGCUGCUUGAUUUGAUUGCAUAUAUUUGAAUGAGCAAUGAUGUGAGUUUUG